CUACUAUCUGCCACCCGCUAUUAUCUGCUAACCUCCAUUAAAAUUCUACGGCAACUAGGACUUACUUAAUAUUGCCACCAUCGAAGACCGGCCACCGGGGUUUAUCAAUUUUUGGCUAAGAUUAUUAGCGAUCUGGAUCUCGUUAAAUCUGUCCUUUCCGCGACCGACUCUGGGCUUCCCCCCUCUCAGCUCUCCACCACGUGGCUGUGACCCUUGUCGAUUGGAUCCUUCAAAGCCACCGAACUUAUCGCUUGUGCGACUGUGCUCGGGGUCCCGCCACGGACGUAGAAGAUGGCUGAGGAAGGGCGAGGGAGAAUUUGGCAUACGAAAUCUGCCAAUAACAACUUGUCGGACGACUCUAGCUCCGGCGUCGAGACAACACGGGAUGACGAGGCAUCUGGUUCAGGUUUGGGAUCUGGAUCUGGAUCUGGAUCUGGAUCAAAAUCUGGCACCAUAAAUGUUCACAACCCAGCUGUUAGUUACGGAGGAAUAGAUCCCGAGAUUGAAGAAAAUGUCCUUCUUGUCAAAUCUGUCCCCGCUCACGACGUGCGGUGGGAUGCUACGGAUCACCGCCGCAACCCACUCGAUCCCGACCUCGACGACGACCUCGACACUGCGGUAAAGCGACGCACUGUAAGCGCAUCAACAAGCCGAGACUCGAGUCCUGCCAAAUCGUUUUCGAGCAGCCCUCCCGAGAGGACUCCCCUCCUCGAUCUCCCUUCCGAACUCAUCGAUGCGAUACUUUCCUGGCUGACUCCUCUGGAACUGGCUGCGGUCUCCCUGGUUUGUCGCGUAUUACGCAACCAUGCAAAUUCGGACUCGCAAUGGAAACGUCAUGUUCUAUCAAAUCUUCCUGUGAAUCGCAUCACCACGCCGUACCCGUGCAAAAGUUGGCGCGAGCUUUAUAUAUCGCACGACCCAUACUGGUUCUUAACGAAGCACAAAUUGUGGUUUUGCGAUCGUGAAUUGACGGGUCAGAUGAUUAUUGUCCGUUAUGAUGAGCGACGAGGAUGCAUCGAAGGAUAUCAACUAGUUUCUACGCGAAAUAAAGAGGGUAGCGAGCCGUGGCUUGCUGACCAGGACGUUCACAUUCAUCACUUCGAGCCAUCGGUGAAGUUGCAUCUCGACAAACCUAUCUUGCAGCUUAAUGUCGACAGCCUCGAGAACCUAAUGCGCAGCAAAUCGUCGUCUUUAGCUUCUCGGCAUUUCUAUUCGGAACAGCCGAUGCGUAUUAAUAAUGGGACGGACCCUCGAUUCACCAACUUUCUCCUCGCGAAACCACUCAACAAACCAGCUCUAGCCGGUCGGAUGGCAAACGAAUUCCCACAUGGUUAUGUUUGGCCUCCGCCUGCAAUUCCAGCACGGCACCGUGUGACGGGCCAGCCUGCGGGGGUUCACCCUCUCGCGACGUCCAUAGACUACACAAGAUCAACCUCAGGAAUGUGGCAACCCCGCAACCGCUCAGAGGCGUCUGAUCAGAUCUUUCGUAUUAGGCAGUGGAUGGAGAUGGGGCCGCCGACUCUCGGUGUGCAUUUUGCUGAGGAAGUAGUGACUUACUCGACUCUGGAUCCGUUCUUGUACACGCCGACAGCGGAAAGGCCGUGGAGGGGGAUAUGGGUUGGAGACUAUAGUGGGCACGGCUGCGAAUUCUUGUUGAUUAAUCAACCCGAUGACGACGUGGAUAAGGGCCCGCUGGCGCGGCUUCAAAAUGAAACAGAAGCAGAGUUCCAGGAACGAUUCUUGCACGAGCGCGUAUAUCGUGGCCGGUUGGAGGCGAUCAAGCUGACGGGCGAUGCUAAUGUGCCAAGGGGUGAAUAUACUUUCGUCGCCGACGAUCUUGGCGAGGAUGGGUUCAUUGGUACGGCCCGGGAACCGCCGUUUGAGGGGUCUCGAGUAGUGAAGAGUAAGGGUCACAUAGCUCAUAUGGGGUUCUAUAAUGACAGAUAUAUUGAAUCGCAACUCCUCCUGUUGUCACAUAAUCGCCUAGCGCAAUAUUGGGUUGGCUUUGGCCACAUUAGCUUCUUUGAGAGAGUCGACAUCGAUCAAUUCCUCGUGCCCAAAUAGUAGCCGACUUACCUCUAACGUAUAUAUUACUUCUCGGUACAUAGAAUUCUUCGGACACAUUUCAUAAUAUUAGAAAACCUACACCUUUCUUUUCAGGUUAUCUAGGCAAGGGUUUUCUGUGUCUUGUGAUGGUAAUAGUGACUGUGACUCGUUUAUAAGGUUCUAAAUAAACGAAACGUCGGAUGAUUCAGCA